AUGUUUGAUGUAUUCGGAUCCGUGAAGGGUCUGCUGAAGCUAGACCAGGUGUGCAUCGAUAACAACAUCUUCCGGCUCCAUUACAAAGCGACGGUCAUCAUCCUAAUAGCGUUCUCGCUGCUAGUCACUUCGCGACAAUACAUCGGCGAUCCGAUUGAUUGCAUCGUCGAUGAGAUUCCGCUGAACGUAAUGGACACAUACUGUUGGAUCUACUCCACGUUCACCAUCCCGAACCGCCUGACCGGAAUCGCCGGCAAGGACAUCGUGCAGCCGGGUGUCGCGAGCCACGUCGACGGUCACGAUGAGGUGAAGUACCAUAAGUACUACCAGUGGGUGUGCUUCGUCCUGUUCUUCCAAGCCAUGCUAUUCUACGUACCCCGCUACCUAUGGAAGACGUGGGAAGGCGGCCGGAUCAAGAUGCUGGUUCUCGAUCUCAAUAUGCCCAUCAUGAACGAAGAGGCGAAGGAGCGCAAGAAGAUCCUGGUCGACUAUUUCGCGGACAACAUUAAGGGCCACAACUUCUACGCGAUGCGGUUCUUCUUCUGCGAGGUGUUGAAUUUUGUGAACGUGCUUGGUCAGAUUUACUUUAUGGACUUUUUCCUCGACGGAGAGUUCUCGACGUACGGUAGCGAAGUGGUACGCUUCACUGAGAUGGAACCGGAAGAGCGUGGUGAUCCGAUGGCCCGUGUCUUCCCAAAGGUAACCAAAUGUACCUUCCACAAGUAUGGUCCCUCCGGAAGCGUGCAGAAAUUCGACGGACUGUGUGUGCUGCCGUUGAACAUCGUGAACGAGAAGAUCUACGUGUUCUUGUGGUUCUGGUUCAUCUUGCUCACCAUUCUGACCGGCAUCUCGCUGAUGUACCGCUUUGCCGUAAUUAUGCUGCCCAAACUGAGGCUGCUAAUGCUGCGCGCUCGCUCCCGGCUGUCGGCGCACGACGAGGUGGAACUGAUCGCUUCCCGGUGCCAGAUGGGCGAUUGGUUCAUACUGUAUCAGCUGGGCAAGAAUAUCGAUCCGCUCAUCUACAAGGAGAUCAUCUGCGAUCUGGCCCAGAAGGUCGAGGGCAAGGAGAUCGUAUAA